UCAUCACAGCGCUGCACAAAGAGCCUCAUUUUGUUCUGUUUGUGUGUAUGUGAGCAGUGUUUGUCUGCAGUACCGAAGCUCAGACUCAUCUAGUGAAGGCCACGUCUGCUGUUGAAAGGGCUGUGUUCAUUACCAUGCACUGGGCCUCCAGCAUUAAGCCCAGCUCUGAUUCUGUGUCUCAGAGAGCUGAGGAGCUCAAGACGCAUGUCAAGAAAAUUGGAGGCUACCUUCAGUUGCUCAUUCAGGGCUGUGACUCGGAGAUCUCCUCCAUGGUAACAGAGGCCCACAGGAGGGUUGCAGAGUGUAUGAACGUGGCUCUCAAAACCAUCGGUUUUCUGGCGGCAGUGAAUGGGACCCAUCUUCUUUUGACUGAACACGGCUCAGAAAUCAUAGACAACAGGCCGGUGGUGGAUUGUUUGCGGGAUGGGAUUCGUCAGAGUGUGAGCGACCUCCUCCUCGCUGGUGAGAAGAUCGCCACAGAGAUGCAUCGAGAUCUUUCAAUUCAGAGAUCCAGCGCGGUGGACGUCGCCGGCUCUCUGCAGAGCUACUUCCGCUGCUGUUUGUCGGUACGCCUCACAAACGGCUGUUGUCUGUCACCGAGUGUAAAAUGUUUUCAGCCCGACAACGACUGAGAGGGACGGCGCUUGUAAAACGCCGAACCUGAGCGCUCUUAUCACACGUCUUGGGUCGUUCUGCUGUUUACAAAAUAAAUGGUUUGAGUGGAGUGUCAUCUGUCACCUUAAUGUGGCUGUAACUGUUAUCUUCAAUACACAAACUACAGGCUCGUUGUUAUUGUCCGGCAAGAGAACGUGGGAUGCUGG